AUGACCAACUACAUCACGUGCCUAGCGCACUUUUGUGAGGUCCACGGCCCCCUGAUCGUCGCGUGCAGCCAGCGGUUUCUGCCGGCAGAGCACCAGCGGUACUUGCUCAACGCCACCGCCAGCCUGAAGCUGAGACAGCAGACGUGCGCCCUGUGCCAGUUGGUGCUACCCGACGAUGCCGCCAAUGUCACCCUGGCCCUCGACCACGACGUCGUGGUGCUGGCGCAGUACCCGGCGCUGCAAAAGCGCUUUCUGGCGUUGCUGAAGCUAGCGCUCAAGGCGCUCUCGUGCGAGGCUCUGAGCGACAUCACCAAACCGGUGUACUAUGGCGACCCCCUUCUGGGCUACUGUAUGUUCAAGCUUUUCAAAGUCAAAGACAUUUGCGCCCGCGGCGGCGAGCGCAAGUACGCGUUGAUGGUGGUGGCCAACUACGAGCCCGACGUGUUGAUGCACUGGAACGUGAUCUCGCUCUACUUCUCCGAGAUCGUUGAGUUGAUCCAGCACAAGAUCAAGGAGGACGAGGAGACGAAGCCCAAGAAUGUCAUCGACCACGAGCGGUACCUUCGCCGCCAGAACAACCGCCCCAAGAGCAUGGUGGAAAUCACAAACGACCCCAAAAUCUUUGUGCGCUUCCACUUGUGGGCGGUGGAAAUGUUCAAGGACAUCACUUGA